AUGACAACAUUUCGUUUAGCAACAAUCAAUGUACAUUCUUUUUGUAGACUUCCUAGUUUUUCAAGUAAUGUCUCUGAAUCAAUAUCAAUUCUUGAACCAUUCAAUCUCGAUAUAAUUGCCAUUCAAGAAGUACAAAAUAAUGAUAAAUGGAAGGAAUUUUAUCAACGUCUUUCUUUACCUUUUUCUGUGUAUGAACCAUCUAAUGGAACUUGUUGUAAUGGUAUUGCUUCUCAAUAUCCAAUUCGAUGUUAUUCUGUUCAGGAAACAAGUUUUUUUUGUGUAGGUGGUUACAGAUCUAUACUUCAAUGUUGUUUAGAUACUAUUGAAAAUGUAACAUUUGCUGUAACACAUUUAGAUUAUUUAGAUGAAGAUGAUCGAUGA